AUGUUGGAGAGUUUUACAGAAUGCACAAAGAAAGUACUAAUGGCUUCACAAAAGGAAGCAAGGUUUGUAGGACAUAAAUACAUUAGCACAGAACAUAUUCUACUAGGGAUCCUCGGCGAUGGAACGUGUUCGGCUGCAAAAAUUCUUAAGUCGUAUGGAAUCGAUUUUAAUGUUAGUAGAGAACAAGUGAUGAAGUUGAUUGGAAGAGGUGGUGGUUGCAGUGGCUUGAGUUGCAAGGAAGUAAGGUUUACUUAUGAUGCUAAGAAUGUUCUUGAAUUCUCACACAAAUAUGCUACGUCUCUAGGUCAUGAUUAUGUUGAUACAAUGCUUCUACUACUAGGGCUGCUUCAAGGAAGUUCUGGUGUGGUUACUCAGUUGAUUGAAAAUCAAGGUGCUGAUGUAAACAAAAUUAGAGAACAUGUGAUUAGAGAAAUUGAAGUAAAUGUUCAGAAAGUUGAUGUGACUGCGGAAAGUUCUAAGAACAAAAUGAAAGACCAUGUUGAAGAUCGCGUUCACUAUGAUGUUGUUACUGCAGAAAGUUCUAUUUAUAAUCAGAUUAAAUCUCAAGUUGUGAAUCAAAACUAUAACCUAGGUGCAAGAAAAGAUGAGAAUGCGAAUAAACAAAAGUCCGCUCUUGAGACUUUCGGAACCAAUCUUACAAAAUUGGCACAAGAGGGUAAACUCCAUCCAUUUGUGGGAAGGGAAGAACAAGUGGAACGCGUGAUUCAGAUAAUUUGUAGACGGAUGAAAAACAAUCCUUGCCUUGUAGGAGAACCCGGAGUAGGAAAAACAUCAAUCAUUCAAGGCCUUGCUCAGAGAAUUUUGAGUGGAUUUGUUCCCGAAAAUCUCAAGGGAAAAAAGGUGAUUACAUUGGAUGUUGCCGAUUUUUUAUAUGUAAUAUCAAACCAAGGAUUUUCUGAAGAUAGAGUCAAGUGUUUGAUUAAGGAAAUCGAACAAAGUGGCGAUGUAAUACUUUUCGUCAAAGAAGUUCAUCACUUAUUUGAAGCAGUAACAUCGGGCGCCAAAACCUUCGCAUACAUUUUGAAACACGCCCUCGAAAGAGGUGUAAUUCAAUGCAUAUUUGCUACAACCUUGAAUGAACAUAGAAUGCAUAUGGAGAAUGAUGUAACCUUAAAGAGAAUAUUUCAACUGGUUAAAGUCGAUGAACCAUCUGUUGAAGAAACCGUAGAAAUUCUUAAAGGACUCCGCAGAACGUAUGAGACGCAUUAUAAACUUGAAUACACCGAUGAAGCUCUUGUUGCGGCCGCGAGUUUGUCUCAACAAUAUGUAAGCGAUCGUUUCUUGCCUGACAAGGCAAUUGACUUGAUCGACGAAGCUGGAUCUCAUGUUCAACUUUGUCAUGCAAAGAACAAAAAGAGUGGAAAUGCAUUUGUUCCUAGUGUGAAAAAGAGUGAUAUUCAACAUGUUGUUUCGUCGUGGAUUGGAGUACCUGUCAGCGAUGUAUCGAAGGAAGAAGGUGAAGAUCUCCUCAACUUAGAAGGCAUGCUUCACAAACACGUCAUUGGCCAAAACGAAGCGAUCAACACAAUCGGUCGAGCGGUUCGUCGGGCUAGAGUUGGUCUAAGAAACUGCAGAAGGCCUAUUGCCAGCUUCAUGUUCACCGGUCCUUCUGGCGUAGGAAAAACCGAGUUAGCCAAGGCGCUCGCUUCAAACUAUUUCGGCUCAAAAGAUUCUUUGAUCAGAUUAGACAUGAGUGAGUACAUGGAUAAACACAAUGCAGCUAGGUUAAUCGGAGCGCCGCCCGGAUACAUAGGUUUCGACGAAGGCGGUCAGUUAACCGAAGCUAUUAGGAGAAACUCUCAUGCAGUUGUUUUAUUUGAUGAGAUUGAAAAAGCACAUUCAGAUGUUUUUAACUUAAUGCUUCAAGUUCUUGACGAUGGAAGACUCACCGACGGAAAAGGUCAAACCGUCGAUUUUAAGAGUACAUUGAUCAUCAUGACAAGCAAUCUUGGUAACAACAUCAUUGAAGGGGUUGAUGAUAAGGAUUUUUCGUUCGACCGGAAAAAAAUCUUAGUUAUGGAGGAAUUGAAGAAACAUUUUAGACCCGAGUUCUUGAAUCGGCUCGACGAGAUAAUUGUUUUUAAAGAGCUAACAAAGGUGGAAGUUGAACAGAUUGCAAACAUAAUGUUGAGGGAAGUGUGUGAAUAUUUGUUGGUUAAGAACAUCAAUCUUUCUUUGACUUGUAGGUUUAGAGAUUAUGUGAUUCAACAUGGAUAUAAUCCUAGCUAUGGUGCAAGACCCUUAAGAAGGACUAUUGCAAGAUUUUUGGAAGAUACAUUGGCUGAAAAGAUGUUGAGGAAAGAAAUCAAAGAAGGUGAUUCAAUUGUUGUUGAUAUGAAUGUUGAUGAGGGGAAUGUUGUUGUGUUGAAUAAGAAAAACUUCAAAAGGGAUGAUCUUAUAAGUUUUGUUGAUUCAGAUUGUGGUAAUUUGGUAGAUGGAAAAAGAAAAGAUGUGCUUGGAAUUUCAUGUAAUUUGAUGGGGAAAAUGUUGGACAUGCUUGCACAUAGGAAGAGUCCAUAA